CUGUGUGUGAACGCAGUUCAGUGUACUUUUUUGUUGUAAAAAUAUCAUCCAAAGACAAUCCAAAAAAGAAAGAAGAAAAAAAUUAUUGUCAUUCUCGCUUUCUGUCCGUCUCCGUGUGUAGUCCUCGUCCAAUUCGUGUUGUGGUGCAUGCAUAUAAGAGUGAGAGAGGUUGAGGUUCUUCCCAACAAAAAUUUUUUCUCUAUUUGUUGUGUUUUUUUUUUUGCAUUUUUUAUUUUAUUUCCUCACAUAAAAUUCUAAGAAUCACACAAAAAAAACGCGUCGUAACCUUGUCCAUAAAAAAAUAAAUUUACUAAAAAAGUUCAAUUCAAUGCAAAAUAAAUAAAAGGAGGAAAAACAAGUGAAAAAACAAAAUUUAUAAAUCAUAAAAAUGACGCAGUAAAGAAAAAAAAAAAAUAAAACCAAUAAAACCCAGAGUCGCUGUGUCUACAAAAAAAAAAAACACAAAAAAAAAAGAAAUAUAUUCCCCCACAAUCCCAUCAUAAUUCAUCCACUAAACAAAAUAAAAUAAGCAAAGUAGCAUCGACGUUAACGCACUUUAAUAUUCAUCAUUCAUCACAUUCUCGAUGGCUGAUACAGAAACAGAAUGGUUGGAAGAUCUUUUAAGAGAGGUGCAAUUGGAACAAUUCCUUGCAAGAAUUCGUGAUGAUUUGCAAGUAACACGAUUAGCACAUUUUGAUUAUGUCCAGCCAACUGACCUGGAACGUUGUGGACUGGGUAAACCGGCAAUCCGACGACUCAUGGAAGCCGUUCGAAAGAAAAAAGCACAUCAAUGGAGAAAGAAUAUCCUUUCCAAACUAAUUGGCGGAGGAAAACAGCCCAGUAAGAAGCAAUCAAAUGUACCAAAAGAGAACCAAUCAACACAGCUGACGUGUCUGAUUCAUGAAAAAGAUGUAACGUUGGGAAUUAAAUUAGGUGAUGGUUCUUUCGGAGUUGUUCGCAAGGGUGAAUGGACGACUCCUUCAAAUCGAAUCCUACAGGUGGCAGUUAAAGUGCUCAAAUCGGACAAUCUCACACAGCCAGGUAUCAUUGAUGACUUUUUUCGCGAGGUGCAAGCUAUGCACGCUCUGGAUCAUCCAAAUUUAGUGCGUUUACAUGGAGUUGUUCUAUCGCAGCCAAUGAUGAUGAUUACAGAAUUGGCGGAGAGAGGUUCUCUACUGGACACAAUGCGAAAGCAAUGUAAACAUACUCCUCUGAGGAAUAUCUGGAUUUGGUCAGUCCAAAUAUCGACUGGAAUGGCGUACUUGGAACACAAACGUUUUCUACAUCGAGACCUGGCUUGUCGAAAUGUGCUUUUAGCUGCGGGGAAUAAAAUAAAAAUCGGUGACUUUGGACUGAUGCGAGCAUUGCCUCAGGAAGACGAUUGCUAUGUGAUGUCAGAGCACAAGAAGGUUCCGUUUCCAUGGUGUGCUCCUGAAUCGUUGCGGUAUCGACAGUUUAGCCAUGCAUCUGAUACAUGGAUGUUUGGUGUCACGCUGUGGGAAAUGUUUACAUUUGGAGAAGACCCCUGGGUAGGUCUGAAUGGGUCUCAGAUAUUGAGAAAAAUUGAUAGAGAGGGCGAGCGAUUGCAUCAUCCCGAAGCCUGUCCACCGGAUGUUUAUGAAUUAAUGCUGCAGUGUUGGGAUAAGACACCUUCAGAAAGACCUACAUUUGCUGCUAUCAAAGAGUUUCUAAAUGGUGCAGAACCACAAUUAUUGAAAGCGAUAAAACCUUUCCACGAAGCAAACAAAUUGGACAUCGAAGUGAACGAUAUAAUUGCGAUAGUCGAUGGCCGUCCGGAAUUAAAGUUUAUCAAAGGACAGAACCAGAGAACUUUUGAAGUUGGAAUAUUCCCAAGGAAUAUAUUAGAAAAGCGCAAAGUAAAUGAUCUAAUUCGGUCCUCAAAUGAUGGACUGCGUCAGGUUGGAGGAGGGCAUGGAUCUCCUUUUGGAUUUUGUUGGGGUGGACCAGCAUUAGGUGCACCACCAAUUCAAACAGAUGGUGAAGGAGAUAACCGCAAUCGCAAAAGUGCCUCUUUUCAAAUCAAAGAACGCAAGUCUUCCACAUUCAAACAAUUCGCCUACAAUAAGCUUGUGAACGAACGAGGUGCAGCCACUGGUCAGCUUUUACAACACCGAUCGUCCAUGCCACCAAAGCUUAGUAAUAUGACUAGCAAUGGACAUCAAGCCCAACAGAAGGAAGGAAUUUUGAUAGAUAUUUCUCCAGAAUUCGGAGUUUUAGAAUCUGGUCAGAGUGCAUCAUCGUUGAAAGUUGAUAGCUCCUUCUGUAUUUUGGAUGCACCCAUAGAUGUUCCAACCGAAGAGACACCCCAACAAGAACAGCUACCAUCACAGCCAACGGCAGCACAGUUUCAGCUACCAACGCGUUUGGAACCACCUCCAUAUCAAAUGCCUCCAACAUAUUCAAAUACAUUAGAAUUUACUCAAACGGUGGCUAGGGACCCCUUUGAUACUUCUGAUAUCGAGACCACCCCUAGCGAUGGCCUUUAUUCAAAUGUAAAUAAACAACCGAUAAGUGAGGAUACUCAAGAGCAAGGUGCCUCAUCAUCCGUUUUCAAUAGUCCGAUGGCGCGGAAAAGUCUUAUGUUCUCCCAAAAUAAAGAGAACAUUCCGCAAGAUCCUCAAAAGCCACCAGAAAUGGCAAGUGCCGUUAUGCAGUUUACAUCAAAUUCCAAUGAAUCUCUUGGUGCCAGCCUAAACAAUUUAAGUCUCGAGAGUUCUGGAGCGUCUGAAAAAAUGCUCGACAAGUCUUUCAUCGCUGAACUGGAGAAGGACAUGUAUAAACGUCCUGGAAGUCAAACGGAUUUUGAGCGCAAUUCAUCACAAAUGUAUGCCAACAAGGAAGCAAUGUAUAAGAAUAAUCUAACUCCCUUGAAAAAUAUCAAUUCUUCGCCUCCAUCGAAUGGUGCCUCACCAAAGAUCAAAAAUGAGCGAUACGGCUCUGUGAUCGUAGACAAUCGUAACAAUAGUUUGUACGGAAGUGAUGUUGAGCUGAGACAAAAACAAAUCAACACCGAACAACAACAACAGCAGCAGCCUAGUACAACUUCGGUGGUGAAUCAAAUUUGGUACGAAAAAGUUGCUGGCCGAGAAUAUUACUCUCAACCGCCAGUAGACUUUUAUCAGAACACAUUUGCACAGCAACAAAGUGGCAGUGAGAUGUUGCAGCAGCAGCAAAAUAAUAACAAUUUCGUUCGUCCCGCGCUCCAAAAAACAUCGAAUAUUUAUAACUCGGUGCCUACAAGUGUGUAUGGAGUUGUUCCAAGGGAUUUUUACGAUUCCGUAGCGCCCACUCCCUCCACAUACUAUGGCCAGGUGCCUUUGAAUGGUGGUGGAGCAAUGCAUGCAGGAGCAGCUAUAUAUUCGAAUGGAGCGGCUGCUCAACUCAAUCCUGUGAUAUACGAUGAAGUCUCAAUGGAAGACUAUCUGAGACCAACUCGACCAGCUCCAUUGGCACCACCACAACUAUCUGCCCAGCAGAUCCAACGAAGACUGGAAAAGUUGAAGAUGCAACAGGAAAAUGGUGAGGCUGGUGCCGCGGCCACAUCAAUCUAUGGCUCAAUCGAAGCCCUUGAAAACCAAAUGAUAACUAGCAUUUUAAAGGAUCUAGGACCGCCUGCCACUGAAUCUGAUAUAAGGUCGGCGUUGCGAGCGUCAGGAGGAGAUCCAAAUAUUGCCAUUCGAUUUUACAAAAUCGAUCAAUUGACAAGACUCGGUCUUGCUAAUCGUCCCCAGUGUGAGCAGGCUCUCCAAAAAACUGGAUGGAGUGUUGAAUUAGCAGCCGCCGUUCUCCUUGAAUCCACUUCAUAAAUUAAUAACCUACCACAUAGUACUAUUACUUAACAGAUCAUUCCGAUGUGCCCAGUAUAAUCUCCAAAAUGUGUCUGUUUUAUUAACAAAAAAGAGUACAUUUUGUGAAAAAGUCACAAAACCCCCACAAAAAAUUAUAAGAAAAAUCGAAUUUCACUCUAUCGAUGUCAAUUGUAUCCCCCCAAAAACCGAAUAAUGUAUUGCUAUAUGAACAAAUCUGACAUUUUAACAACUUGCUAUUAAAUUAGUUGGCUAAGGCGUUUUUUAAUCGAGUUCCUUAACAAUAAUAUUUUAAUAUAAUUUUGUAUUACUUUUCAAGAACUCAAAUAAUGCAAAACCCUUACUGACUCCAUGAUAGCUUUGAAUGUUUUCGAUUAGUUGUAAGUUUUAAUGAAAAAAAAAAAAGAUAAAGUAAUAUGUAGCUAGAAAUAAUAUUUUAAAUUUUAUUUUAUUUUUUUUAUUAUUAUUAUUAUUUACUAUGAAACAUGACUAUAUAUAAAUUAUUUUAGAUACUCUUAAUUCAAAAAACAAACAAAUAAAAAAAAUACUCUGUCCUUUGUUGAAAUCCAGGAUACAAAAUAUAUAUUUUACGAGAAACAUAAUAAUAUUACUUAUAUAUAUAUACAUAUUAAGUUUAAACGGAUUCUAUGUAAAUAAAACGAAUAUUUUAUUUUAAAUAAAUAAGUAAAGACAAGAAAAAAAAACAAAACAACUGACAUCACGACUUCAAGUUAAUGUAUUAAUUGUGAAGCAAACCAUGAUAAUAAGAAAACAAAAAUAAACAAACUGAAAUAUAUGUAUACAUAUAAAUAUAUGUAAGUGUAAAGUUCUAAAUAAAUGAAUUUAUUGCAAAAAAAAUGCA